CACUAUAUAGCUCUAAAGUCUAAAAUCCAAAAUUCACCACAUCAGAAAAAUAUCCCAAAUCUCUCUCUCUCUCUCUCUCUCUCUCUCUAUAGUGUUCUCUACCCGUGAAGUCUACAACCACUGGACCAGCCAUGGCGUUUCCGUACAUGGAAGCCGUAGUCGGUUUUAUGAUAUUAAUGUAUAUCUUCGAAACUUAUCUCGAUUUGCGGCAACAUGCUGCUCUUAAACUACCAACGCUUCCCAAGACUUUGGAAGGACUUAUUAGCCAAGAAAAGUUUGAAAAAUCUCGAGCCUAUAGUCUUGAUAAAAGCCACUUCCAUUUUGUUCAUGAGUUCGUAACUAUACUGAUGGACUCUGCAAUUUUGUUUUUUGGGGUAUUGCCUUGGUUUUGGAAGAGAUCAGGAGACUUCCUUGUGUAUAUGGGUCUCAACGCAGAGAAUGAAAUAGUGCACACCCUUGCAUUUUUGGCCGGUGUUAUGUUUUGGUCACAGAUUACGGACUUGCCAUUUUCUCUAUACUCAACAUUUGUCAUUGAGGCCCGCCAUGGUUUCAACAAACAAACAAUAUGGUUAUUCAUUAGGGACAUGAUUAAAGGAAUCAUCCUAGCAAUUAUAAUUGGACCACCUAUUGUCGCAGCAAUCAUUGUAAUAGUACAGAAAGGAGGUCCUUACUUGGCCAUCUAUCUUUGGGGUUUUAUGCUUGUACUAUCUCUUGUGAUGAUGACUGUGUACCCAGUUUUAAUUGCGCCACUUUUUAACAAGUUCACUCCACUUCCGGAUGGAGAACUGAGGUUGAAAAUUGAGGAUCUUGCUUCCUCCCUCAAAUUUCCAUUGAAGAAGUUGUUCGUCGUUGAUGGAUCUACAAGGUCAAGUCAUAGCAAUGCAUAUAUGUAUGGGUUCUUUAAGAAUAAGCGCAUUGUCCUUUACGACACUUUGAUUCAGCAGUGCAAAAAUGUGGAGGAAGUUGUUGCUGUAAUUGCCCAUGAACUGGGUCACUGGAAACUUAAUCAUACAAUGUACUCUUUCAUUGCUGUUCAGAUUCUCACAUUCUUGCAAUUUGGAGGAUACACUCUUGUGAGGAACUCGAAGGAUCUGUUUCAGAGUUUUGGGUUUGACACACAACCAGUCCUCAUUGGAUUGAUCAUUUUCCAGCAUACGGUAAUACCUCUCCAGCAUCUUGUAAGCUUUGGUCUUAAUCUUGUCAGCCGGUCCUUCGAAUUUCAGGCUGAUGCUUUUGCUAAGAAGCUUGGCUAUGCCUCGCCUCUUCGAGCAGGACUCGUGAAACUACAGGAAGAGAACCUGUCAGCUAUGAAUACUGAUCCUUGGUAUUCUGCCUAUCACUAUUCUCAUCCUCCCCUUGUUGAAAGACUUGCUGCAAUUGAUGAACCUGACAAGAAGGAAGACUGAAACGGAGCACAGGCUACCUACAGCCAGUGAAUACACUUCCUAGUCCAUUUUAUACUCUUUUCAACUUGAGCAUUUUCAAGCUCUAGAAAUCGUUGGUUUUGAGUUUUGCUUUAUGAGUCCUGUUGGAACUGACAUUUCUCCGUUCUGGUAUUAAAUUCCACACCCAACAAAGGUAAGGCUGGGUUACGGGGAUUUUCUGAGUUAGGUAAAAAAAAUUACAAAAAUGAACAGGAAAUAGCUUAAUGUAACUGAGUUGCUUUAUGUAUUAUUCUUCUGCAUGCUUAAUGUCAGUUUUUCAAAAAUGAAAACGAAAACACUUCUUGUCUGCCAUGUUGUAUCCAUAUUUUCCUAAUCAAGGGGGGAUAUCUUGUUCUUUCCAA